UUGUUCAGUGAGGGGGCUGACUGAGGCGGCUCGGUGUCUGUGGCUAGCGGCUCGGUUCGGCGUCCCUCCUGUCGUCCCAGAAAUGAAAUAGAACGUUCACAUUUCUUCCUUUAUAGUUUUCAGAAAGAGCUAAAGAUGGCUGAAUUUCUAGAUGACCAGAAUACUCGAUUGUGUGACAACUGCAAAAAAGAAAUUCCUGUGUUUAACUUUACUAUCCAUGAGAUCCACUGUCAAAGAAACAUUGGUGUGUGUCCUCUCUGCAAGGAACCAUUUCCCAAAUCUGACAUGGAGACUCACAUGGCUACAGAACACUGUCAGGUGAUCUGCAAAUGUAACAAGAAGUUGGAGAAGAGGCAGUUAAAGAAACAUGAGGAGACUGAGUGCCCUCUGCGACUUGCUCUCUGCCAGCACUGUGAUUUGGAACUUUCCAUUCUCAAACUGAAGGAACAUGAAGAUUACUGUGGUGCCCGGACAGAGCUAUGUGGCAACUGUGGGCGAAAUGUCCUUGUGAAAGAUCUGAAGACUCACCCUGAAGUUUGUGGGAGAGAGGGCGAGGAAAAGAGAAAUGAGAUUGCCAUACCUUCUAAUGCAUAUGAUGAGUCUUGGGGUCAAGAUGGAGUCUGGAUUGCAUCCCAACUCCUGAGACAAAUUGAGGCUCUGGACACCCCCCGAAGGCCCAUGGGAGCCUUUGAAUCAGACCUUUUCCACAGUAAUAGGAUUAUCAGCCAAAGGAACAUGACAGCCCAGUUUCCAGUUCAGAAUAAUUUAUUUGAAGAACAAGAAAGACAGGAAAGGAAUAGAGGCCGACAGCCCCACAAAAAGGGUGGUGAAGAUAGUGCAAACUUGGACUUCAUGUUGGCCCUAAGUCUGCAAAAUGAAGGCCAGGCCUCCAGUAUGGCAGAGCAGGACUUCUGGAAAGCUGUGUGUGAGGCAGACCAGUCUCAUGGCGGUCCCAGUUCUCUGAGGGACAUAAAAGGUGCAGCUGAUGAGACCAUGUUGCCUUGUGAAUUUUGUGAGGAGCUCUAUCCAGAGGAGCUGCUGAUUGACCAUCAGACAAGCUGUAACCCUUCACGUGCCUUAACUUCGCUCAAUACUGGCAGCUCUUUCCCCAGAGGGGUGGAGGAACCUGAUGUCAUCUUUCAGAACUUUCUGCAGCAGGCUACAAGUAACCAGUUAGACUCUUUGAUGGGCCUGAGUAGUUCACCCUCUGUGGAUGAUAGCAUCAUCAUCCCAUGUGAAUUCUGUGGUGUACAGCUGGAAGAGGAGGUGCUGUUUCAUCAUCAGGACCAGUGUGACCAACACCCAGCUACAGCAAACAACCAUGUGACAGAGGGGAUUCCUAGACAGGACUCCCAGCCUCGAGAGACCUCACCAGAGCUGCCCAGGAGGCGUGUCAGACACCAGGGAGACCUGUCUUCUGGCUACAUGGAGGAGAUCAAGCAGGAAACAGCUAAUGGGCCCACCUAUCCUCCCAGCAGACCCAUUAACAAUAUGACAGCUGCCUAUGACCGACUUUCCAAGUUGACAUCAGGUCCUAGAACUGGAUUCCAGCCUAGCCCUCCACACGUACCAAAGCUCAACAACUCAGACAGCCAAGGCAUCCAGGAACGAAAUCAAAACAGCCAGAAUGGGGCCAUGGCCACUGGACAUGUUCCAGUAAUUCAACCAGUUCGAAAUCUCUACCCAGAAAACCUUGUACCCUCCUUCCCCUGUGGGCCUGCAGGGAGAUACAGAACUAGUGAUAGGAGUGAACGUGGCAGGAAUUCCCGGGUCACCCCUGCAGCUGUCACCUACCGCAACAGAACUGCAAAGGCAAAGCCCCCAAAGCAGCAGGGAGCUGGGGAGGCGGAAGAGGAAGAGGAGGAGAAGUAACGGUGUCUCCAGAGAUCCUUCACACUGGUUCCCACCUUCCGUGCACAGCAGCACUUGCCGCGGGGCAGGCCCUGCCUCUCUGGCUCUUUGGGCAGAGAUUUUCCAGAUUUUAACUUUUUCUAGGUUAUGGCCAUUUUGUGUCUUUUGAGAUUGUGCUGUGGGAGUUUAGGGGUUUGAGGGAGGGUUCGCAAGGAGGCUGCUGAGAAGUGUUGCAGCCUUAGCUGCCACCUUUUGGCAGCAGUGAAAUAUGAGUUACAGCCUCUUGGCCCACCAGGGUUCCAUCUUUUGUCUUAUUUUCACCACUGCUUCUUGGUGCUGUGUGGUCCCGGUGGAAGGUGGGGAAGGUUCUAGAAACCUGGUUCCCACCAGUGAAGUGAUUCUCUGCCCUGUGGGGGCCUAAAUUUGGGGCUUUUGGGUAACCUCUCCUGUGUACCGCCCCUGCCCAGUCUAGACUAGGCCACAGGUAUGCGUGGAGGAGCUCUGAGAAAGUGCUCAGGCCAGUUGCAAUACACGUUAGGGACAAGGCAUCUGGAGUUGAGUUAGGCUGGAGGUGAGUGGACUAGAGGCUAUGUUUUAAGCUGCUUCCUUGGUAUUUGGCAUCACUGCCUUCUGUUCCUGGUGGGAGCAUGGCUCCUUUGUCCUCACUGCCCUUUAAUAGGAAGGGCUGAGGGCUCCCUGUCCCACCAGGGCCAUGCUAGGCUCUGCUCCAGCCCCACGCUUGCUCUGAAACUAAGUGUCAGAGACCCUUCCCCCUCUUUUUAUUUUACUAUUAUAAUUAUUAACUUCCUUGUAAUAGAAAUAAAGUUUGUACUUGAAGUUCA